AUGACCAUUCUCCACGCCGGCUACCCACCAUCGCCAAACGGUGCGUUCUCGCACCAUCAGGUUGCACCAAUGGGUGUCACCAACAAGACCACCAAUUCGGCGUUCGGCCACCAACAUCACCAUCCACUUGACGGCAACGAUAUGGUCGGCGGCGGUGAGCUCAUUCGGGGUAAUAUGCUGACGAGACGCGACAGCGACCUAUCGUCCAAUGGAAGCUUCGAGAACAUGUCGAGACCAACUUAUACGGGCCGCGACACGGAGCGCUUCUUCGGCGGCGAAUUCGAAAUGGAUGAUGAUGAUGAUCAUCUCAAUGACGAAUUCGUUGAAGAUGAGGAUGAGCCGGUGUCGGAGCUCGUGCCGCUCGGGGGAGGAACUCGUCGGGUGCCGCGAACCCCGAAACGCAAGAACGUGCCGAAAUGCGGAUUCUUCGACUUUUACAAGUUGACGAACGAGCAUCUCGGAAGCGGCGCGUACGGUAGUGUGACGACGUGCACGAACAACGCGACCAACGUCGAGUAUGCUGUUAAGAUCAUCGACAAGGACGGCGAAACGCACUCGAGGAAGCGCAUCCUUCGCGAGGUUAACAUUUUCAACACGUGCAAGAACCAUCCCAACAUUGUCCAACUCGUUGAUUGGUUCGAGGAUGACUCCAACUUCUAUCUGGUGAUGGAGAAGAUGCGAGGCGGUCCGCUGCUUCAGCACAUUCUUCAACGCGGCUAUUUCACCGAGGAGGAGGCGCGUCGUGUGACGAAGGAUAUCGCGUCGGCGCUCAAGUUUAUGCAUGAUCGCGGAAUAGCGCAUCGAGACGUGAAGCCGGAGAACGUGCUCUGUACCGAUCCCGAUCACGUCUCGCCGGUGAAAUUGUGCGAUCUCGAUUUGGCGAGUCAACGACGCAUCGAUGAUCGUCACGAUCGUCCGUUGAGCCAGGUGGCGUCGGAGCCGGAUCUCGCCUCGCCAGUCGGAUCCGCCGAAUUCAUGGCGCCGGAAGUCGUCGAUGCGUUCAGCAGCGACAACUGUCUCAAGUACGACAAGAAGUGCGACACUUGGAGUCUGGGCGUCAUUUUGUACAUUAUGCUUGCCGGUUAUGCGCCGUUUCAAGGUGAAUGCGACGAUGAGAACUGCGGAUGGUCCGAUGGUUCGCCGUGCGACGACUGCCAACAGGUUCUGUUCCAGCGCAUACAGGCCGGUCACUACACGUUUCCCGAGGAGGAAUGGGACAUGAUUUCCGACGAGGCGAAGGAUCUUGUCUCGAAUCUCCUCAAACGCUGCCCGACUGAAAGAUAUAGCGCUGAUCAGAUCCUCGCGCAUCCGUGGAUCCAGCAGCAAUCGGCGCCGUCGACCAUUCUCCAGACGCCAUCGAAUCUGAUAAAUCGCAAGGAUUCGGCUCGCGACGUUCAGCAGAUGUCCGAGCACUUCAACAUGAUCAAUCGCGCGCGUCUCUCGGCGCGCAUGGAUCAGCUCAAGAUCAAUGAGAAUGCCGAGUUCGAUGGCUCACAGCUGUUUGUUGGUGGCGAGCCGUUUGGUUCGGGAUUCGCUCGAAAGCUCUCGUCUGCGACGAACAUUGUCAAAGCUUCGCCAACCGGCGAGUUCACGCCGCCAAUAAGCCGCGCCUCGCCGACGACGCCGCCGACGUCGAUGCUCGACUUGAGCGAUAAGAUGAAUGAUAGCGGAUCGUAUAGCAUCUUCUCGCCGCAAUCGAAGCCCACUCAUUUGCCACCGAUCUAUUUUGGCCGCGCGAGCACUCAACAACCGCCGCUUCAACUCUUUGGUGGAGGCAACAUUGUGCUCAACUCUGUACAAAUGACGCCUCGCCAGACGACUGAGGACGACACCGUCGGCUCGUUUGGCUCCUCAUCAAUUCCAUCGAAGAGCAGCUCGAUCGGCGAGCCGACGGCGACGCCAGCCAACAUCACCGGCGCGCAGCCGAUCCAUCGUGUCGGCACUCAGGCGUAG